GAGAAUGAGGGUGAGGGUAUGAGUGAGGGUGACGGUGAGGCUGAGGCUGAGGACGAAAAUGGACGCCAGCUGACAGUAUUCUUCAAGAUGGAACUCUGAUCGAUUCUGAUCAAUCUAUAUGGGGAAUAUCUGCAUUUUUCGUCGACAGCAAAGGAUCUGUAUAUACAGUUGGUCCAAAAUACGUUUUUGUAAGUAAAUGGACAGAUGGUAAUGUCGAGUAUCUAACACGAAAUCCAAAGCUCAAUCAUCCUACAUCAGUGCUUGUUGAUAACGAAGGAAAUAUUUAUAUCGGUGAACUCAAUCAAAUUACAUUAUGGCCAGCAAAAUCAAAUGAGAGUUUAGCAAUUGUAAAGAUUAAUGGAUCAAAUGGUUCUGUAUUAAAUAAUAAUUAUAAAAAUAUUAUACAAAUGGAUAACGAUGGAUCUCUCUAUCUUCUUUCUACUGAUCAGGAACUAUUCGGAACUAAGAUAUUAAAAUAUCAAUGUAACAAUUGUGCAUCCUGCAUCACAAACAAUCGCUUCACAGCCCAAAAAUACCAUGAAAAGUACGGUCCUUUAUACAAGGGUAAAUUUAACUUGUCUGGGUAUACUGGAUGGUCACACCUAGUCAAGUCUGGUCAAGCAACUAACGAUGAGAAAGUCAUUAUUAGCGCUAUGGCAGAAAAUGAAGGAAAUCUUGAUGCUGUACAAGCCUAUGGUUCCGAAGUUCUAACAGCUGGAGCAAUGCAAAAAACUGUAAAGAUUUCAGGUAAAGGCGAAUUUGAGCAGCAAGUUUACGAGUUCAAACAGGAGUAUCCACGGGUUUACAAUGAACAGUUUGAAAUGUGUGGUUGGAACGUCUCUGCAAAAAUGCAGAUGUCAUUCAGAGGAAAAACAGGCUUGAUUUUAAAAAAUUAUUUGAGAGAAGGUUUUACGAAAUCUGUAAAGAAUACAUCUGAAGCACUUGGUCCUAUUGUUUGUGCAAUUAGCAGUCCUGAAUUUCAACUAAAACAAGUGAAAGACUUUAUUAAGCGUCUUCGAGAUGUAUUAAAAAUUAUUCCAACCGGUUUUACCUAUACAAUUGGUGAUUAUUUUAAAUCUCCUCUUGGUCAAGCUACUACAUUAGACCACCAUGUCAAUAGGCCUGCAUAUGUAAAAACCAAUGUCAGCACAGCAUUGAAUAAUUUUUACAGAAAAAAUAAAGAUGCAUCAAAAAAUCCAAGGGAGUGGACAGUUCAACAACGAUCAACAUAUGAAAGAGAAAUCUUAGAAGAUUACGGUGUGCAUCGUACAAUGACAGAUGCUAAUAUUAGGUAUAACAAACUGAAAAAAAGAUUAUCCUUACCUUAA